AUGCCUAGCUCAUCUUUGUCCUUGACAUCAUGGCAGAACAAACUCUUUGAGGCGUGCCAGGGCUGUAACAUUGACCCCCCAUCUUUCGAGAUAUUCUCCGACCGACGAGGUGGCCGUACGGCUUGGACAAGCCGCGUCCUUGUCUACGGCUCUACCUUUGAAGCUCGGUUCUGGUACGACGGGAAAAAUAUCGACAACGCGAGAGAGGACGCCGCCGAGCAAGCCGUGACCUGGCUGACUGGAGGAGGAUCCAUCUCCAGCUCCCCGCUGACCUCCCAAAGCUGGUAG